CACUGUACCGCCGCCUCCUCUUGCUGCUGCCAGGCCCGUAAUCUGCCAUGGGCCCCCGUACCGACUCCUCAUGCUGAUGCCAGGCCCGUUAAUCUGUCAUGGGCCCCUGUACCCGCCUCCUCAUGCUGCUGCCCAGGGUCCAGGAGUGUGUCAUGGGUCCCUGUACGGCCUCCCAUUGCUGCUGUACCCUCUCCAUCGCCACACCCACACCUGCCAUGUGCCACUUUCAGGUCUCCUCACACUGCUGGUGGGUUCCAUUUUUUCAUAGGGUGCUGUAUCGGCCUCCCAUUGCUGCUGCCUCCACACUGUGGCUCUGUUACACUCUGGUUUUUGGCCCCGUGACUGCCCAAAUGAGUGAAGUGUGCGGUUGAUUCUAAGAUCGACGGCACUCAUCUGCAUGUCAUCAUACUGACUGACAGUAUUAUUUCUCUUCCCCAGCAGACUCCAAGGGCAUUUAAAUUAAAGGUACAGUGUUCUGCACUAAUAUAA